AUGACCGGCAACACGAGCCCCUCGCCCGAGCCCACGGAGAAGCCCCUUCCGGCCCGCCGUCCAGGCACCUCCGGCACCGAGGCCCUCCUCGUGACGAACCGCCGCCGCGCCUCGGAGAAGUACCAAAAGGCUCAGCGCGCCGAACGCACAUACCGUGCCAAGAAGCGCUCCGCCGCCGCCCGCAGCGACCUCACUGACGCCCGCAUCCACCUCCGCGACGCCGUCCGCCACUUGCGCCAGGCCGCGACCCUUGCUUUCGCCGCCGUCCGCUCCAUCCCCUACAUCAUUGGCGAGAAGCGCGACGCCGGCCGCGCCCGCAGCGACGAGAAGAAGCACAAGCGCCAGACGGAGCAGCACCGCAAGCUCGAGGAGCGUCUCGCGCGCGAGGCCGAGGACGCGAGCUCGCACGACGGCGCCGACGGCGCGGCGCCCACUCCACCCGCCGGCUCGGGCCCGGGCCCGUGA